AUGGCCUCUCUCCCUCCAACUGUUACUCUGUACAUCGACAAUAUCUCUCCCUAUCUUAACUUCAUUAUGAUAGGAACAGCUUGGUCCUCGUCUCUUGUUCCGCUUUUUGUGAUACUGUUCUACUUCUCUACACCUUCCCUUCGCCUUCAACCCAUUUUUAUCAUGAACGUGCUGUCGGUGACUAUGGGCAUUGUGCUCGGCUUCAACAUCGCGGCUAUAAGUAUCAAAGGAAUUCGUCAUCCCGAGAUAUUGUUCAAUGCGAGCGCCGCCGUUUUCGAGCUGGCCGGCGCACUUGUCCUGCCUAUCUUCGUCGACUUUAUCCUUGCAUUUCGGCUUUCCGUGGUGUUACCACGCCGUACGACGCCCACAUCGAUGCUUUGCAUCGUCUUUAUACCGCUUGCCUUGUUCAAGGUCGGGCGCGUGAUAAACAUUGCAAUCUUCAUGAGCAAGUUCGUGCCUGUCAUUCGUACAAGCAAUCCCGCUACAGUACUCAGCAGUGGCUUUGACCACUUCAACCCACACCACAAGAUUGAAUGGUCUCUUCUUGUGAUCGAUAACUGUUAUGCAUCUGGCUUUUUCUUGUGGAAGAUCGGGAUGGGCCGACGGAUGGAGAAAUCAUCGGGGAUUGUCUCAAGCGCUAGAGACACCUUCACACGACUGUUCUAUCUCGGAACGGCUAGUUUCAUCUUUCCUUGCAUGCUCGGCAUUGGCCAGCUCGUGUUCGCCUUCUUAGGUCGCGGAGCCUACCUCGCCCUGACAAAUGCCUAUGUCGAGAUCGUCUGUUCCCUUUUGGCAACUCUAUGGACUGCGCAGACUCGCUGGUCCGAUCGAAACAGCUCCCAGCAGUCUGAGGCGAGCCACCUGUCCUCUUUCAGAGUCAAACCGCCGCAUGAAAGUUUGACCAUGGGUAGAAGUAUCACCAUAGACCCCGCGAACGCAUGGAACAGGAGUAUCGUUGAGACCAGUGUUGAUCUGGAUGCGAUCAGAGUCACUUCAGAUGACGAGAUUGAUAUACUUGGCAGCGGUAUGAAAUCGAGCGGCAGACCAUUAUUGCGUAAUAGUGGUAACAUUUAG